AUGGAUCUCAAGCGGGUUCUAGGAUCCAUAAAUCUUCUGGCUGACAGAGCAUCAGAAGUCAGCGCAAGGAGAGCUCUGAAGAGGGUCCCUGGCUCCACUAAUUUACGUGCUGGAAGGACGUCGUCGGACGAGCUUUCAUUUGACUUGGACUCAUCGUUCGAGGAGCUGCUGGCCUCCUUUAGCCUCCGUUCGCGCGGGGCUCGCCCGCGCCGUCGCUGCCCCGGGGUCGGGCACAGGUGCUCGUCUGUGCCGGCGCUGCGCCGACCGUCUGCGCGGCCGGGAGCCUCAGGCGCAGGCCGCCGCCUGCUGCGCGUGCGCUCUGCGCCCAGCCUGGCCGCCGACCCGCGCCGCGACUCCAGCCAAUCCGGAUCGGAGGAAGUGCUGGCGGUGGUGGGAUUGGAGUCUGACACGCUGGCAACUGCAGGCGCUCCCGCAGCCGCGGUCCCUAGAUCCGCUGAACCAGCCGCACCGAGGAACACCUCCCACCUGCCCGCCGAGGUCCGCCCAUCCGGCAGCUCCCGAAACCAGGACGCGCCGCAGACAUCUCCGGCCGCAGAAGGGGAAGAGCGGGAUGCGGACGAAUGUUGA